GCAACGAGAGGUACGCAUCUUCCAUCCAUCCUUGUAUCUGAAUGCAUGCUCUUGGUAUUGAAGUCGGAUGAAUGUGUUGGCUUGGGAUGCAAUCGUUGUUAUGCACGUAAGGAUUUGGGUUUGCUAUCUUGGAUUUGCUUAGCUUUUGUUCUGUAUUUAUGUCGUUCUAUGUUGCUCCUUAGGACCAAGUUGUUCGCGCUAGAGAUUAAGGUCCAAGAAUUUGUGACGACGGACUCGAAUGGUAGAAAAAUUUUAAGGAAAGGCACGGUGAUGCGAUGGGAGAUGGAGAUAGGAUCUUUUUCUCUUGAUUUGCUGAUGACAAGUUUGCUAAAAGAGGUGAAUUGGGGCAGUAACCAGUCUGCCACUGUGUGGUUCUAUGACAAGAGAAUGGGAGAGGAUGUCAGACUAGACAAUGAGAUUCAGAUGAUUGACAUGUUUGAAAUGUACAAGUCCGAGAUGAGCUGUGAGAUAGUGGUAGGAAUAUUUGACAAAGCAUUAGUGGAGAACCAUAUAGAACAUGAAUUCGAUGAUCUAACACCUCUGUGUGUCAUUCCUCCUGAUGAUCCACUUGUUGAUGUACCCACAUCUACACAGCCCAAUCCUAACACCCCACAUCCUGAACCAGACAUAGGUAUCCAACAGCCUCAGCCUCAGCCUCAACCAGAAACAGUAGAUGCUUCUCUGCCUGACCCAUUUGACAUUGAGGAGGAAUAUGUUGGUGUUGAUGAUGAACAUAUGUACAUGCCAACUCCUCCUGCACAGCCCACACAACCCACAGAACCCCCACAGCCAGCUGAAAAUGAGCAGAAUGAGGGUGGUGUUGAUAAUGCUAAUGCUGAGGCAGAGGUGAAUGAUGCAGAUCUAGAGGAGCUUCAUGUGCUUCAUGAUCCUACCAAUCCCAACAUUGUGAAGGGUGCUUUAUUUCCUGACAUCGUAGCAUUCAGGAAAGCAGUGAGGCAUUAUGCCAUUGUAAAAGGUUUUGAGUUUACUGACCUGAAGACAGACCCAACAAAAUUCAUUGCCAAGUGUGCACAUGAGGGUUGUCCAUGGCGUAUCCAUGCUUCUAGGGUACAAGGUCAAAGAGCUAUUGAGAUCAAGGUUCUACCUGCAGAGCAUAAUUGCCCAACAACCAAGCUAUUAGAAGGCAAGAUGGCUACCCAAGGUUGGGUUGCAUAUAGACUUUCUGACUGGGUGAAGAAGAACCCCCAUAAGGGGACAAAAGAAGCUAAGGAGAAGUUAGAGUCAGAGUUUGGAAUAAAGUUAAAGUAUUCCAAAGCCUGGUCAGGUAUGAAGGUUGCACUUGAGCAAAUUCAUGGUAGAUAUGAAGAAAGUUUUCAAUUGUUAUUCAACUGGAAGGCACAGAUGGAAAUAAGUUAG